AUGCCCUGUGGGAAGAAGCCCAUCGUUAAAACUUGGGACCAUUCGAGACUUAUUAAGGUAAUAAAGCCAUCCCGGUAUCAGCAAAAUGAAGCCUCUGUCAAACAACACUGGAAAAAUGUUGUUAAGGAUUUGGAAGAUUCUUACAAAGAUGAAAAGUUCUGGGAAACGAACGCAGAUACAGUCCGCGGACUGGUGGGACCGUUAAUCUUCGAGAGAUUGGCGAAGAUAUUUUUUCUUCCAGUGGAAGCUACACAGUAUAUUCCACGUUCUGAAACUUCCUCGCCUCGUCCUUCCAUAGACUACUAUACUGCAGAAGAGCGCUUAAUUCGCGUUUCCAAACCGAGUGCGCGAGCAUUAUCAAUAAUAAGCAAUUUAACAGCAGGAUUGAGCGAUGAACAAGUGAACGAGCAAUCUGAGGAAUGGACAGUAUCAUCAGGUUCGCAACCAAAGAAAAAUGAAGAAGUAUCCACAAAGUCUAUACUAACAAUUACACUAUCUACGGCGUUAAAAUCUAGACAAUCUAUACUUGGAAAAUCAGUAUCAAAAAUGUUUUCUAGAUCGUUCUCUAGGUUCAACAAGAGUUCUACCCAAAAAUUUGGCAGUAAAAAAACAUUUAUGUCUGAAUCAUCACUCGAAGAACCUGCUUUCACCGACGACGAUAUUCUUGUUCAUCAGAGGAGCAAAACGGGAGGCAAGCAGAAGUUACGACUACAAGAAAAGCGUCGACGACCUCUAAAGCUCGUAAACCCUCACUUUGAGAUGCUUUAUUGCAACGAUUCGGAGACUGAUAUGAUCAAAUGGAAUUCCAAGUAUAAACAGAAGAAGUUCGAAAUAUCUGCCUCUGAUGAAUACAGUAAGAAAGCUGAAAUAUUAACUAAACAGAUUGCUUACGAAUUCUUUGAAUGGUGGGAUGGUCUGGGAGCCCUGGACUUUAAGAGUGAAAUUAAACGACCGAAAGAUAUUGAAGACCUAUUCCAGAUCUGGUUUGAUGAACAUGCGUCACGAGGUUUGAUGUUGGAUCCGAAAAUACUGCCAUGCGUGCAGGAGAGCAUUGCCACCUAUGUGGGAGCACCGGAGACAUCGUGCCCAGCAGUACUGAGGCGAAUGAUCGCAGGAGACAUCGAGGCUGAGACAAGAGGCGCCCACACCAUCGCUUUCAACACUUCCCUGCCACUGAAGAUGAAACACAUUUCACCUAAUAACAACACAACAGAGCUAUGGCACGCCGUUAGGAUUCCCGAAGAUUUGCGUUCCAUGGCCUGUGUAUGGGGGGAGAUUACGCAUCUUACAUCUACGAAGGAGUUCCAAAAAUGGCUGCAGCAACGUCCUUAUUUACCAAUGCCACCAUUCCUUAAGGGUCUUGACCAGCCAAACGACAAAAAGCAACUAUUCGUGGUCCCAUCCGACUUUAUGAUCAGGUACAAGAGUGAUGACACGUCUAGUACCGAACUUGCGCUACCUAUUUCAGAGUUCUCCCUUGAGAUUAAAGAAGUGCUGAACAGGCUCAUGAAUGAAUAAAUUGUGACUAUGUAAUUCGACAAUUAAAUACAUAUUAUUUAUCGAAAAUUAAAAAAGAUUCUCCUUUUGAAAACAUGCCUAUCAAAUUGUUCAUGUUACACCUUCAAUAUUGUUGUAUUUAUUUAUUUUGUUAUAUUUAUUGUUAGUUUUGUUGUAUUUGUAUACGCGUAUGCGUAUACCUACAUCAUAGAAAGAUUCUGUAUUAUAUAAAAAAAAAUUAUUGAAGUUGUAAAGUUGAAUACAAUUGAUUCUACUUUUUAAUUCGGCAUAACUUAAAAAAGACCAUAUUAUAUUAUAUGUUGACUUUCUUUUGUGUAGUUGUAUCCAUUAAUAAAAUGUAUCUAAUUUCUUAAUAAAAC